UAAUCAAUGGAGGAGAGACAUGCGAGGGAGGAAGCGGGGAGUAGUGGUCACUGCACCGAUGAGUACCGAGGACAUAAAGUGAGGUCCGCGAGUGGAACCGUCGCUUGCGAUCUGUAAUAGCGUAACAGCCCGAUUUCGGCCUUCGUCUCACGUUCGCUGCAGCCGGGGCGCCCCCCUGCGCCAGCUAAGAUGCGGCCCACACGGUAUCUGUGUAGUUUGACCAAAAUGCUGGACUUCUACUCGCAGUUCAACCCUUCGCCGCUGUCCAUCAAGCAGUUCAUGGAUUUCGGCUACCAGGCGUGCGAGCGCAAGUCGUACACGUUCCUGCGCAAGGAGCUGCCCGUGAGGCUGGCCAACAUCAUGAAGGAGAUCGCCCUGCUGCCCGAGAACCUGACCAGGAUGCCGUCCGUCGUGCUGGUGACGGACUGGUACGCGCGCUCCUUCGACGACAUCAUCGCCUUCGAGAAGUCGGACGUCAGCGCCGGCACACUGGACAGGUUCUGCGAGACGCUAGUGCGCGUUCGGAACCGGCACUCCGACGUGGUGCAGACCAUGGCCCAGGGCGUGAUGGAGCUCAAGGAGUCCCACUCCGUGGACCAGCAGACAGACAACAGCAUCCAGUACUUCCUGGACCGCUUCUACAUGUCGCGCAUCUCCAUCCGGAUGCUCAUCAACCAGCACACCCUGCUGUUCGGCUCGGACGUGAAGGGCUCGGAGAACCCCACGGGCCACAUCGGCUGCAUCGACCCCCAGUGCGACCUGAUCGGCGUCGUGAAGGACGCCUACGAGAACGCGCGCUUCAUCUGCGACCAGUACUACCUCUCCUCGCCCGAGCUCCGCCUCAAGGAGAUCAAUGACGUGGAGCACGGCGCCCCGAUCCGCAUCGUGUACGUGCCGUCCCACCUGUACCACAUGCUGUUCGAACUGUUCAAGAACGCGAUGCGCGCCGUCAUGGAGCACCACGGCGACUCCGAGGACGGCGUGCCCCCCGUCGAGGUGGUGGUCUGCCGCGGCAAGGAGGACAUCUGCGUCAAGAUGUCUGACAGGGGCGGUGGCAUCCCUCGCAGCUCCACCGACAUGCUCUUCCACUACAUGUACUCCACUGCCCCUCAGCCGUCCAAGUCUGACUCUCACACUGUACCCCUAGCUGGGUAUGGAUAUGGACUGCCCAUUUCACGGCUCUACGCCCGCUAUUUCCAUGGGGACCUUACACUCAUGUCUUGUGAUGGAUUCGGAACUGACGCAAUGAUAUACAUGAAGGCAUUGUCAAAUGAAGCCAAUGAGCUGUUACCAGUGUUCAACAAAGCAUCGAGCAAGUUCUACCGCACCGCCAUCCCAACAAAUGAUUGGAGUCAUGGGUCAUCACUUGGUGUCAGACAUCUCACCACAAGGAAUGCAUACAUGCGUGAUAGGAUGAGUUAACUGUGUCAAACUCUCUAUCUGUCAUACUUGUAUCUUUAAUAUUGUGGGCACUGGCACCCGACAAUCCCCCUUAUGGCUGUAUAAAGUUUAGGAGGUACUUAUUUAGAGCUAAUGGUAAACUGUAAUUGACAAAGUGAGUUUAAUUGAAUGCAUCAUAUCCAUUUUUUAGACCUGCUUGCUGUUACAAAGAUUUUAUAUUUUUCAGUAUAUUGUUCCGUUGGUCCAAUGUCAUUUAAACAAGCUGCAUGAAAUUUUUUAUUCAAGUCCAGACAUGCAUUUCUUUUUGAACCUGAUCAAUUACUUUGUUUUUCUGUUAGUGAUACUUCACUCGAUAUUGUACGUAGGAGCUAAAUAUGUGAUUGUCGGGUUCGUGCGUUUCCUCUAAGUCUCUGUGAUAAAACUGUUCAAAUUCUAUGUUGACAUGUGUUAUUUGAAGACAAUUGUCUACUGUGUUAAUGUAUUGGAGGGGUUGUAGAAGGUAGGAGAAGGGAGUGAAUUUUAAUUAUUGACAUUGAUGGAUGCAUAUCUCAACUACCAGUAACUAGGCUUUCUUGUGCGUCUGAUUCACACUGCCUGUCCUGUGAUUCUGCUGGUCUGAAGUCGAUCAAUCAAUCAUCCAAUCACUUCAGGCAAACUAAAUGAAUUCGCAUCAUCAGAAUUUCAUGGUAGUAGGUUGCUUUCAAGACUGUGCCAAAUUGGAGGUUGGACAUGUGUGGAAGAUGGAAAGUAAGGUAAUAUAUUUCGAUAUUAUGUAUGUAUGGUACAGUAUUUUUCUAUAUAUACCCAGCACAUUCUGAAUCAACGCACACCUCUUCAAGACAAAUAAAUUUAGGACCCUUUGUGGUCAGGAUACCCAUGCCAGACUUAGUAAUUCUAUCAAAUAUUUUGGUUGAAAACAGCUUUUACUCUUAAUUUUGGCUAUCUACUUUCAUUCACCGUACUCAUUUUGCUUUUUUUAGCUUUUGCUUGUGUGAUGUAUUGAGACUAAGUUAAUUUUACUUUUAAAUGUGCUGUUUGCUCAUUGUGUGUAUUUGCACAUUUAAUUCAUUUCCACUGUUGGUUUUCUAGUCUUUGUAUACUAUUAUUAUUUGGUCUUUGUGAAAGUUUCUUCAGUAUAAAUGUCUGAGGGACUUAUUGAAUUUCAGUGCUGGGCGGUGAAAUUCAUUUGAAUGACAUGUUAAUCAAGCAGAUAAUAAUGCUUCAUUAGAUUGGCCCGAAUUGUGCCAGAUGUAUAUGUGCCCGAGUUCUGUAGAUCAGAUAUUUUUAUAGAAUCUAGCAUUAUUUAUGAUUAUUAUCAUGUAUUUAUGUGCUAUGGUCCAGUUAUAAUUCUCAGAAGGAUUUUCAAUUCUGUUACUCAUUACUUGGUGCUCAUUUUGUUUUCCUAAAAUAAGGACAAUACUAAUUUUAGGUAAACAACAAAAUGUCGAUUCUUGUUUUAUGGAAAUGGUUUCUCAGCUCAGCGUUAUGAAUCUCAUUAUGUUGUCUCUGUAUUAUGACCCAAAGCUCUUCAAGGGACACUGACAAAAUAAAAAUAAUGUGUUGUGCUGAUUAUUGUCCCUGUCAUGACAUGACUGUACAAUAAAUUAUAUUUUAGUAAGAUGAA